AUGGCGCUGCCGCCCCUCAGCGAGCCCGCAGACGGGCGGCAGGGCCCGCCCAAGGCGGUGUUCUGCAUAGCUGGGACCAGCAGCGGCGUGGGCAAAAGCUCCAUGGUUGUGGGCAUCGCGGGGGCGCUGAGGGAGCGAGGCCUCACGGUGCAAGCCUUCAAAGUGGGCCCAGAUUUCAUCGACCCCAUGCACCACCAGGCGGCCACGGGGCGGCCCAGCAUCAACCUCGACAGCUGGAUGCUGAGCCGGGAGCAGGUGCUGGCGGCGUUCCACCGCGCCGCGGCGGGCGCCGACGUGGCGAUCGUGGAGGGGGUGAUGGGCCUGUUCGACGGCCGCGACGGCACCACCGAGCAGGGCAGCACCGCGCAGCUGGCCAAGUGGCUGGGCGCGCCGGUGGUGCUGGUGCUGGAUGCCUCGGCCCUGGCCCGCAGCGCCGCCGCCGUAGCCAAGGGCUACAUUGAGUUUGACCCAGACCUGCGCCUGGGCGGCCUGCUGUUCAACAAGGUCGGCAGUGCGGCGCACACGCAGUGGCUGCGGGACGCCUUGGCCGCCUCGGGCAUCCAGGCCGCGGUGCUGGGCGGCGUGCCGCAGAGCCAGGAGGUGGUGGUGCCGGAGCGGCACCUGGGCCUGCACAUGCCUGCGGACGACGGCGUGCCGCACAACCUGGUGGCCCUGCUGGCAGCCCUGGUGGCUGCCCACGUGGACCUGGAUGCGCUGCUGGAGCUGGGGGCCACAGCCGAGCAGCGGCAGCAGCAGGGGGAGCAGCCGCGGGCGGUGCGCAUAGCGGUGGCACGGGAUGCCGCCUUCUGCUUCUACUACAAUGAUAACCUCAACCUGCUCGCCCAGGCGGGCGCCGAGCUGGUCUUCUUCUCGCCGCUGGCCGACCCGCUGCCCGCCGACUGCGCGGGAGUGUACCUGGGCGGCGGCUACCCCGAGCGGUACGCUGCUGAGCUGGCGGAGAACCGGCUGAUGCGCGCCAGCCUGGCGGCCUUUGCUCGCGCGGGCGGCGUGGUGUAUGCCGAGUGCGGCGGCCUCAUCUACCUCUCCAGGAGCAUACAGCCCAGCCAGGAGGAGCCCGCGCGGCCCAUGGUGGGCGUGUUCCCCUUCAAGACGGUCAUGACCGAGGGCAAGAUGACGAUGGGGUAUGUAGAGGUGGAGACAGAGUCGGGGUGCCCGCUGUUCCCGCCGGGCCGCAAGGUCCGGGGCCAGGUGUACCACUUCUCCGAGAUUGUGCAGGAGAGCGUGGUGGGCGGCCUGGGGCAGGCGCUGACUGGAAAGGCGGGGGCGGCGGAGCAGCAGGCGUGGGGCACGUGCUACCGGGUGCAGCCCCAGAUCCCGGGGGCUGCCGAGGUGGCCGAGGGCUUCUGCCACGACAACGUGCUCGCCUCCUACGUCCACCUCCACUUUGGGAACUGCCCAGACUUUGCGGCCAGCCUGGUGGCCAAGUGUGGGUGUGUGGACCUGGAGGCGGUGGGCGCCGCGGUGGCGGAGGCGGCGCAGACGGCGGCAUAUCUAGAAAGCGCGGUCGCCUCGCUGCACAGCACGCCGCGGUCUGCGACCAAGGGCAGCCGCGCGGUGCAGCACUGCCGCUCCUCCCCAGACUUUGCCAGGGAUGAGCGGCUGGCGGCCAAGCAGCGGCUGGGCGCGGAGCCGCACCGCGGGCACUCUGAGGAUGCGCGGCAGCACCUGGCGCUGCCCGGGGGCGAGAGCGGCGUGCACCACCGGCACGGCCGCCUGCAGCAGCCCGGCAUGCCCCGCCGCUCGCUCUCCCCCGCCACCACGCUGUCCAAGGUGUUUAGCAUGAACUCGCUCAGCAGCUACAGCCCCCACAUCGGCACGGGGGUGCUGCCGCCGGGCGAGGUGCUUUCGCCGCCGCUGUCCGACUCGCCGCAGCAGCUGUCGCCGCGCGAGCUGGAGCACCCGGGGGCGCACCACCACCCCUACUUUGGCGGGCCGCCGGGGCACCAGCAGCAGCAGCACCACCAGCAGCAGCACUAUGGGCAGCAGCAGCACUAUGGGCAGCGGCAGAAUGGCUACCACCAUGCCCCGCAGCAGCAGCACCACCACCACAUGCCGCCGCACGUGCCCCCGCUGCCGCUGGAAGGCAUGCCUGGCUUCGCCGGCCACCGGCAGCAGGCGGCGCCGGCGGCGGGCCAGGGCCACCUCCCCAACUGCUACAGCUGGCCGCGCCUGCACCAGCCUGGCGCGCAGCCGCCCAUCAUGAACGGCUGGCCCGGCUCCAGCGCCUUCGCCGCC